AUGUCGCGAACAGCCCAAAAAAUAUUUUUUGGUCGUCGUCGUCGAAGAGGUCGACCGCCAGAUCCAGUUUGGCUGGUAGCGACAUUGCGAAAUCUGGGAUUGGCAAGCUUGAUCGUGAAACUUUCACACAAGGUGCAGUUGGCCAAGCCGAGCACAUUGCUCUAUUCAAAACCCCACGUUUCAUUUUCUGAACUUGCGUCAUCAGGGCGAGUGCGUCCAAAUGCUGAGGAAUGGAGCGUGGUGGGUGGUUGGUUGUUGCCAUGGCGAUACCGUUGCUUCCUCUUGUUCGUUGCUAUUCCCACUCUAUGCUUGGUGUCAACAGAGGGCAAGUUUGGUCUCAACACCUUGGCUCGUUUGGCGUUUUGUUUCGGCUCAACAACACCACAUCAUGAUUUUCGUUUUCCAGUAACCAACAACAAAGGGGUUCUUGUGUAUAUGGAAAAGGUUUUUGGUCAGGCAGUGCAAUUUAGGGCAUCAUCAUCUCUUUGGGUUCGACUCCCAGCCUGUAUCAAAAGGUCGAUGACGAUGGCUUUUUGGAAGAGCAUGGUCACCGUGUUGAGGCUCGUCCUUUCCCUUGAGGAUUUCUUUUCAUGA